GCCAUUGCAAAAAUUCAAAACCUGUAGAGAAGAAAUUGAAAAAUGGCAUUACCUCCUUCGUCUCCUUCAUCAUCUCCAUCUCUUCAACGUCUCUCUACCUUCAAAAACCCUCCUCCUUCUUCACUCUCCUCCGCCGCACCACCACCACAAACACCGUCAUCUUCCUCCUCUUCGCCGCUCGAUUCUUUCGCCACCGAUCCAAUUCUCUCCCCUUUCCUCUCUCCUUCCUUCUCCUCCGCAUCAUUCUCCUCCGCCGCUCUCGCCUCUGGAUCUCCGGCCUCCACCGCCGAACGUCUCCACCAAGCUAUCCGCCUCCUCGAUUCACAGCUCCGUAAUGACGUCAUCUCUCGUCACCCUGAAUUGCUCGCUCAGCUCUCUUCUCUCUCACACGCCGAUGUCUCUCUCUCUUCUCUCCGAUCAUCCGUCUCUUCACUACAAUCUUCAAUUCGCCGUGUCAGAUCCGAUCUCUCUGAACCAAUCAAAUCGAUCCGAUCCAAAUCUGUUCAGCUAUCAAAUCUCCACUCCGCUACUGAGUUACUCUCUCACUCGGUUCGUACGCUUCGUCUCUCUAAGAAGCUUCGAGAUCUAACGGAUUCUCCUGAUCCAGAUAAGAUCGAUCUCACCAAAGCUGCACAGCUCCAUUUCGAGAUCUUAACAAUGUGUAAAGAGUACGAUCUCUUCGGCAUUGAUGUGAUCGACGAAGAAAUCAAGUUUGUUACUGAGAUUGGUGAGAAAUUGAGGUCUGAGGCUAUGAAAGUGUUGGAGAGAGGCAUGGAAGGGUUGAAUCAAGCGGAGGUUGGGACUGGGUUGCAAGUUUUCUAUAACCUUGGAGAGUUGAAACCUACGGUGGAUCAAUUGGUGAAUAAGUAUAAGGGAAUGGCUGUGAAGAGUGUGAGUGUUGCUAUGGAUAUGAAAGCUAUUUCUUCUGGCUCAGGUGGUGGCUUCGGGCCUGGUGGGAUUAGGUCUAGUGGAGCACCGCACAUUGGUGGCGGUGCUAAAGUUAGGGAGGCGUUGUGGCAGAGGAUGGCGAGUUGUAUGGAACAGUUGUAUUCACUUGUAGUUGCUGUGUGGCAUUUGCAGCGUGUACUGUCGAAGAAGAGGGAUCCAUUUACGCAUGUCCUUCUUCUUGACGAAGUCAUCAAGGAAGGCGAUUCUGUGUUAACCGACAGAGUCUGGGAUGCGCUUGUGAAGGCGUUUACUAGCCAAAUGAAGUCUGCAUAUACAGCUUCGAGUUUUGUAAAAGAAAUAUUCACCAUGGGAUAUCCAAAGCUUGUUACUAUGAUAGAAAAUCUUCUUGAAAGGAUUUCUCGCGACACAGAUGUGAAAGGAGUGUUACCUGCCAUUAAUUUAGAAAGGAAAGAACAAAUGGUUGCAUGCAUUGCAAUAUUCCAAACUGCUUUCUUAUCCCUAUGCUUUGGCCGCUUGUCAGACCUUGUGAACUCGAUAUUCCCUAUGUCGAGCCGUGGGAGUUUACCUUCGAAAGAGCAGAUCUCACAGGUAUUAUCACACAUUCAAGAUGAGAUUGAGGCUGUUCAUCCAGAUGCUCGUUUGACUCUUCUAGUUUUGCGUGAGAUAGGCAAGGCCCUUAGUAACCUAGCUCAACGAGCUGAGUGCCAGAUUUCUACAGGCCCUGAGACGCGGCAGAUAUCAGGUCCUGCGACUUCAACACAGAUCAGGAACUUCACAUUAUGUCAGCAUUUGCAAGGAAUCCACACACAUAUCUCAUCCAUGGUAGCGGACCUUCCCAGUAUUGCUGCUGAUGUAUUGUCUCCUUAUCUGGCUGCAAUCUAUGAUGCGGCAUGUGAGCCAGUUACACCUUUGUUUAAAGCUAUGCGAGACAAGCUCGAGUCAUGCGUUCUUCAAAUCCAUGAUCAAAACUUUGGUGUUGAUGAUGCUGCUAUGGACAACAACGCUUCCUCAUACAUGGAGGAGUUGCAGAGAUCGAUUCUUCACUUCCGCAGUGAGUUCCUAUCUAGACUGUUGCCUUCCGCAGCAACCGCUAACACUGCAGGGACAGAAUCGAUCUGCACUAGACUCACAAGACAAAUGGCUUCGAGGGUUUUGAUCUUCUACAUCAGACAUGCGUCCCUUGUGCGACCGCUUUCAGAAUGGGGAAAACUCAGGAUGGCCAAAGACAUGGCCGAGCUUGAACUUGCAGUGGGACAAAAUCUGUUUCCCGUGGAACAACUCGGAGCACCGUACAGAGCUCUUAGAGCAUUUAGGCCAUUGAUUUUCCUGGAAACAUCUCAAAUGGGAUCAUCUCCUCUCAUCCAGGAUCUACCACCGAGCAUCGUCCUCCAUCAUCUCUACACGAGAGGCCCGGACGAGUUGGAGUCACCAAUGCAGAAGAACAGACUAAGUCCUAAGCAGUACUCACUGUGGCUUGAUAACCAAAGAGAGGAUCAGAUCUGGAAAGGGAUAAAAGCGACUUUGGAUGAUUAUGCAGUGAAGAUCAGAUCGAGAGGGGACAAAGAGUUUAGUCCAGUUUAUCCUCUAAUGCUUCAAAUUGGUUCAUCUUUAACAACACAAGAAAACUUAUAAGCUCCUCUUGCUUUGUUACCGACCAAUAUUCUUCUAUUGCGAACUUUUUUGUCUCAUGGAUUUUUAUUCAGUUGUAGUUACAAUAUCUCUCUCAAAUACAUGUCAUGUAAAUCG